GCUCCAAGCUUAGCAGCAGUGUCCGUCUGGGGGCGGGCGGGGGGGGGGGGGGAGCCGGGGAGGAAACCCUCCGCUGCAGCCCUCCCAGCUCCAGGGGUGCCACGGGCCCCUCCGGCCGACCCAGCCUCGGGGUCCCUGGGGCCGCGGCCACCCGGAUGCUGUGCGCCCGGCCUGUGGAUGACAGCGAGCUCUGAAAGCUCGGCGGGUGCCACGCGCUCCCACCAGCCUGCCAGGCCCACAGCCGAGAUGGGCUCAGCUCCUGGACUUGCCGCAGACAGUAAGCACAACAGACUCUCGCCCGGGAGCGUCUCUGCCUGAUCCGCGGCUGCUCGGAGCGCGGGGCCAAACGUGGCCAGCCAGCCAGGGGCAGGAGAUGCAGAGCACCAUCAAUUACCUAUGGCACACGGACGACUUGCUGGGGCAGGGGGCCACUGCCAGCGUGUACAAGGCCCGAAACAAGAAAUCCGGGGAGCUGGUUGCUGUGAAGGUCUUCAACACGGCUAGCUACCUGCGACCCCUUGAGGUGCAGGUGAGGGAGUUUGAGGUCCUGCGAAAGCUGAACCACCAGAACAUCGUCAAGCUCUUUGCAGUGGAGGAGACGGGGGGCAGCCGGCAGAAGGUGCUGGUGAUGGAGUACUGCUCUAGCGGGAGCCUGCUCAGCGUGCUCGAGAGCCCCGAGAACGCCUUUGGGCUUCCCGAGGAGGAGUUUCUGGUGGUGCUGCGCUGUGUGGUGGCAGGCAUGAACCACCUGCGGGAGAAUGGCAUCGUCCACCGCGACAUUAAGCCUGGAAACAUCAUGCGCCUCGUGGGGGAGGAGGGGCAGAGCAUCUACAAGCUGACGGACUUCGGGGCCGCCCGGGAGCUAGAUGAUGACGAGAAGUUUGUCUCUGUCUAUGGCACUGAGGAGUACCUGCACCCCGACAUGUAUGAGCGGGCCGUGCUUCGCAAGCCCCAGCAGAAGACAUUCGGGGUGUCCGUGGAUCUCUGGAGCAUUGGGGUCACCCUGUACCACGCAGCCACUGGCAGCCUUCCCUUCGUCCCCUUUGGCGGACCACGGCGUAACAAGGAAAUGAUGUAUCGGAUCACCACAGAGAAGCCGUCCGGGGCCAUUGCGGGCACUCAGCGGCAGGAGAACGGGCCCCUGGAGUGGAGCUACAGCCUUCCCAUCACCUGCCGGCUGUCCAUGGGGCUGCAGAGCCAGCUGGUGCCCAUCCUGGCCAACAUCCUGGAGGUGGAACAGGCCAAGUGCUGGGGCUUCGACCAGUUCUUCGCGGAGACCAGUGACAUCCUGCAGCGGGUCGUUGUCCACGUGUUCUCCCUGUCCCAGGCGGUCCUGCACCACGUCUACAUCCAUGCCCACAACACGAUAGCCAUCUUUCUGGAGGCUGUGUAUGAGCAGACCAGGAUAGCACCUCAGCACCAGAAGUUCCUCUUUGAGGGUCACCUCUGCGUCCUUGAGCCCAGCCUGUCAGCGCAACACAUCGCCCACACCACUGCAAGCAGCCCCCUGACCCUGUUCAGCAUGGCCAGCGACACCCCCAAGGGGCUGGCCUUCAGGGACCCUGCUCAGGACAUCCCCAAGUUCUUCCCCAAAGUGGACCUGCAGGCAGAUUACACCACUGCCAAGAGUGUACUGGGCGCCGGCUACCAGGCCCUGUGGCUGGCACGGACCCUGCUGGCCGGGCAGGAGUUCAUGUUUCGGGGGCUGCACUGGUGUGUGGAGAUGCUCCAGGCUACGUGCAGGCAGACGCUGGAGGUCACGCGGAUGGCCCUCCUCUUCCUCAGCAGCAGCCUGGGCACCGAGAGGAGGUGCAGCAGUGUGGCUGGGAUGCCUGAGAUGCAGGAGCUGAAGAGAGUCACAGAGCUGAGGUCCAAGCUGCGGGCUUUGGCAGAGGCCCUCUCCAGAUGUUCCUACAGUAUCACAGAGACCCAGAUGAGCCUGAGCAACCUGAGCUCUGAGCUGGUGAAGAACCGGGAUCAGGUACAUGCGGACAGAAGCAUCCAGCAGAUUCAGUGUUGUUUGGACAAGAUGAACCUCAUCUACAAACAGUUCAAGAAAUCCAGAAUGAGGCCAGGGCUCUGCUACAACGAGGAGCAGAUUCACAAGCUGGAUAAAGUGAAUUUUAGCCAUUUAGCCAAAAGGCUCCUGAAGGUAUUCCAGGAGAAGUGUGUGCAGAAGUAUCAGACAUCCCUGGUCACGCACGGCAGGUGGAUGAGGAAGGUGCACGAGACCAGGAACCAUUUGCGCAUGGUCGGCUGUUCUGUGGCUGCCUAUAACACCGAAGCCCAGGGCGUCCAGGAGAGCCUCAGCAAGAUCCUUGACUGGUUAUGUCACCAGCUCCUUCAGGACAGAACAAAGGAGGCUCAGGUCUCACCACCCCCGACAGCCGCCUAUCCCAGCCCUGCACUGACGGACCUGGUUCUCCACAUGCAAGAGCUCUGUGAGGAGAUGAAGCUGCUGGCCUUCGACCUUCAGGACAACAAUCGCAUCAUUGAAGGGUUAAGUAGGCCCCCUUCAGCUCCUGACUCCUGAUCUCUGAGCUCCGUGGGGUGCCCGACAUCCUGAAGCAUUAGAACCAUUCAAACACUGCUAUCCUGCCUGCAGUGUGGGACCUAACACAGGAUGCUGUCUGGUCCCCUCUCAUCAGCCUACCUCCCUCCUGGCCGACAGCUGGGAGCCAUCACCAGCAUUACCUUCCACUGCCUCCCUGCCUGAAGCAGCACGGAGAGACUUGGGGCACCGGGCCGUCCCUGUCAGGACCCACUGCCUGGGCUGCCCUUGGCGUCUCCCACAGGCUCAGGCACAUCUCCUCGGUCGCCCCGGCCUGUAGAGCUAAAGCUGGGGACAAGAGGCUCCCAUCGGCCCACCCACCCCCCCCCUUCUGGGUUACAGGACUUCACUUCUCAGGGAACAGAAGAGGAGGCCUCUGGGGGUUUCCCUAGGAUGCUGUGUCAAACGACUCAUUUCGGUCUUCCUUCCUCUUAAGGGGUUUCACGCUGAACAUACAUACAGCCCUGCCCUCUCCUGUGAUUUCUGAGGGUCCCUGCUCUCGGCCCUGGGCAUGACAGAGCCUGAUUUUCCCUCUACUCUUGGUCUGGCAGAGCCUGGCAGAGUUGAGAGAAUGGGUGGUCCAGGCCAGGUGCUGGAGCCGCGGGCACCUCGCCUUCCUCUCUCCCUAAGGCACGGCCAGGCUCUGGGAGAUGCAGCCAGCCGUGGUCACCAGUGAGCACGGGCCUGUAAGUCCAGAUAAGAGGCCUGCGCCUUCGAGAAGUGGAAUAAAUGGGGCCUUCUUUUCUA